AUGUACAUGUACAAUGUCACAACAGUUACGAUCGCCCUAGGUAUCAGAUACAUUUGCUGUGCUAUCUACGAAACAAGUAACAUUCAGCUUAGAUAAUUUUAAAAAGUGUACUUGAUUACAUUUACCAUUAAGAAUAGAAUAUAAAAAAUUAAAUUAAAUUACUAUAAACUCUUUGUUUUUAAAAAAUUGUGAAGAUAGAAAGCAGUAACUCAUAUAAUGGAUGGUAACUACGUGGAAUCUGUACUGGGAGCUAUGAAAAUGUCCAACCUUGGCACAACAUUAACGCACGAAUAUUUAGUAAGCAAUUUUUGCAGUCUCUAUCUGGAAGUAAAUUCAGUUUCUAGUAAUUGUUCUGGACUAACAUAUGAUUUUGGAUCUUCUUCUUUACGGAAUUUCGGAUAUGUUAAGCAGUAUCCAUAUAACAAUCUGUAUAAUCUGCAACUUGAUGAUGAAGAGGGAAUAGUUGCUACUAUUGAGGACUUGAAAUUAUUUAAACAAGCUAAUGGUGGAACUAUUGUAGAGAAAAGCAGUUGUUUGAAUCGCAAGAUUAAUUUAUUGAAAUCAAUUAGUAAAAAGACCAAAGUUAAUAUACUUAUUGGUACAGGGUAUCAUAUUACUGAUGCAAACAAAAUAUUAACUUGCACUGCAACCAUAGAAGAAAUGUACAAUCAUAUGAAUGAUGAAUUUGAAAAUGGUUGUAAAAAUCAUCCCGAUGUGAAGCCAGCAUUUAUUGCAGAAGGCGGCAAUAUUCUUUUAGAUUUUGAAAAACGUGCUCUUCGUGCGAUUGGCGAGUUUCAAGGACAAUUUCGUUAUCCUGUGUGUUUUCAUCCCGGAAAAGAAGUGAUUCCACUUAUGGACGUAAUGCGAAUUUAUCAAGAAGCAGGUGGACACCCUACAGAAUUUGUUAUGGCCCACAUCGAUCGUAUAUUUACUUCAUCUAAAGAGGAUUUCUUAGAAUUCGUCGACGAUACUAAAUGUUAUCUUCAGUUUGAUCAGUUUGGAGUCGAGUCUUCUUUCUAUCAGUUGAAUCAAUUCUCUGAUAUAAUGUCAGAUGCGCAGAGUAUUCAAUUUAUGGCAUCGCUAAAUGGAAAUAGAAAAUUGGAACGAGUUCUUAUGAGUCACGAUAUUCACACCAAGCAUAGGCUGAUAGCUUUCGGCGGGCUUGGAUAUGCUCAUAUUACAAACAAUGUUGUGCCACGCAUGUUAAAAAAAUAUUUCUCGUUGGAAGAGAUGGAACUUAUAAGAAUUCGAAAUCCUUGCAGAUGGCUUAACCGACUUAAUCUAUAA